AAAAACCAAGCCUGGUUCAAGGUAACGCAUCAUCACACCUCUCGACCGCCCCCUUCUCUUUCAUCAAUCAAGGAUCACAGAGCUGCCAAAGCCAGAGGAGCGUUAUCAGAGCAGGGAGGAAGAAGAGCGUUGUGUUCGACGCAGGAGAAUUUCGAGGGACAGCGACUCGACUCGACUCGAAGCUCUGGAGAGAUCUAGCGGGGCUCCGGUGCAGCCGAUGCAUGGCAACUCGCAAGGGCUGAGCUGCUCGUCACUGGCGUAGGAAAGAAGCCGAGCCGAGUAACCCAAGGCGUGCUUGUUUCUUUCCAUGCCUUUGCAUUUGGAGAUGGAAAUCACAUGCGCCGUCGCAGGGCUGGAUAGAAUUCGUUUUGGCUCUGCGUCUAAAGAAGGUUCAAAAGAGAAGGGCGUCUGGAUCUUUAGCCGUUUCAAAAAAAAAAACUUCCGUCUCGUCCUUUUUCAGCUGCUCUGCAUCUUUAUCAGCAUGCCAUGAUGUAGCCAUGAUUUUUAGUAUGGAGUCGUCGCCUCACCGAUCCCCUCAAAAGCAGCAGAGCUCGUGCAGCAGCACCAUAGCCAUAGACAACACACAACAGGGGCGUUUCGCCAAGUUUCUCGAUCCUCACCCAAGCACAAAUGCUUUCAAAAAAUACCGCAUCUGCUACUACACGGAUUAUAUAUCCCUUCCCUGGCCUACCUAUGCCGUCGUCGCCAUGGACAGGGACAGCAGCUCGUCGGUCUCGGCGUCGGACGGGAGCUCGGAGGCGGGGGAGCGCGGCGGGUGCUGCUCGUCGCCGCCGUCCACGCGGAGCCUCGUCGACACGGCGGGCAACAACCUCAUCAGCCGCACCGCGUCCGACGCGUCCACGUCCCUCUCGGACCGGUGCAGCAGCGUCGACGUCGACCACAGCGGGCCGUUCCAGCCCGCCGCCGCCGUGGCCAAGCUCAUCGGCCGGUCGUCCCCGCCGUCCGCCGCCGCGUCGCUCAGACGGCUCAGCAUCAAGCCCCGCGCCGACGUGCUCGACCGCCGCUCCACCGAGGACGAGAUGGAGCUGGUGAAGGAGCGCUUCUCUAAGCUCCUGCUGGGCGAGGACAUGUCCGGCGGCGGCAAGGGCGUCUGCACCGCCGUCGCCAUCUCCAACGCCAUCACCAACCUCUACGCGACGGUGUUCGGGAGCUGCCACAAGUUGGAGCCGCUGCCGGCGGGGAAGAAGGCGAUGUGGACAAGAGAGAUGGACUGCCUCCUCUCCGUCUGCGACUACAUCGUCCAGUUCUACCCGUCCACGCAGACCCUGCCCGAUGGGACCAAAGUUGAGGUCAUGGCGACCAGACCAAGGUCGGACAUCUACAUCAACCUUCCCGCGCUCGAGAAGCUCGACGCCAUGCUCAUCGACAUUCUGGACAGCUUCCAGAAGGCGGAGUUCUGGUACGCGGACGCCGGGACGAGGUCGUUCGGCUCGGUCACCUCGUCCUCGUCGUCGAGGAUGUCGUGUUCGUCGUCAUUCAGGAGGUCGGCUCACCGGAACGACGAUAAGUGGUGGCUGCCGGUGCCCUGCGUCCCGGACGCCGGCCUCACCGACAAGGCGCGCAAGGACCUGCAGCAGAGGCGCGACUGCGCCAACCAGAUCCACAAGGCCGCUGUCUCCAUCAACAGCGGCGUCCUCGGAGACAUGGAGGUGCCGGAGUCGUUCAUGGCCGUGCUCCCCAAGAGCGGUCGGGCAAGCGUGGGGGACUCGGUGUACCGCGUCAUGCUUGGCGCCGACAAGUUCUCGCCGGAGUUCCUGCUCGACACGCUUGACAUCUCGUCGGAGCACGACGCGCUGGCGAUGGCCGACCGGGUGGAGGCCGCCAUGUACGUGUGGCGGCGCAAGGCUAGCGGCAGCCACGGCAAGCUGCCGUGGAGCAAGGUCAAGGAGCUCGCGGCCGACGACGACGACAAGAACGUGACGCUGGCCAACAGGGCCGAGAGCCUCCUGCUCUGCAUCAAGCACCGCUUCCCUGGCCUGUCGCAGACCACCCUGGACACCAGCAAGAUCCAGUUCAACAAGGAUGUUGGGCAAGCGAUCCUGGAGAGCUACUCGAGGGUGUUGGAGAGCUUGGCUUUCAACAUUGUUUCGUGGAUCGAUGAUGUCCUUUUCGUCGACAGGUCGAUAAGGAAACUGAGUGAUAACCUCAAGUCCUGAGUUCUUUAUCCUGCACUGAAGCUUCCCAGCAAAAAGGUUUUAGAUGUCUGUUGGUGAAGCUGCAGAAGAAGGGUGCGUGACUGUAGUAGCGGUAGUAGGGUGAUUUUGCUGACCUAGAGAGAUGCAAGCCUCUAGCUUUGCAAGAAUGCACAAUGCAGAGUAGCGUGUCUGACCAACAGUGAACGUGUGUGAUUUUCGUGUCCUUUUUAUUUUUCAGCUCUCGCGCUCUUAGCUUGGCAGCACGAAGAUUGGUGAAAGGGAUCAAAAUGUCCAAUAGCAUAAAUGGAGUCAUUCUAUUUCAGUUUUA